UUCCUCUUCGUAAAUUAAUCGGAAACCGAAAGUCAAACGAAGAUUUAAAAACAUGGUUGGACGUGUAAUGGCUCGACUGUGAUUAUAUCAUGAAACUCUAGUAUGUGGAACUUGUUGCUGGGACAGUAUGGAAACUCAAGCUCUGACGAAAUGUUUGAAGACUGUUUUUAAGCAUAGUGAUUUCAAAUCAAAACUCCAAAAAGAAGCGAUAGAAUGUCUUUGUGAAGGAAAACAAGAUGUUUUUGUGUCCAUGCCUACUGGAUCAGGAAAGUCACUUUGCUAUCAACUUCCAGCAGUUGUGGCUGAAGGAAUAACAGUUGUCUUUUCUCCUCUGAUUGCCCUGAUUCAGGAUCAAGUAUCACACUUAAAAUCACUCUCUAUCAAAGCUGAAACACUUAACUCAAAACUUUCAGCUACUGAGAGAAAGAAGGUGUAUUCAGAAAUUUAUAAACUGAAGCCUUUGAUCAAGCUUUUAUACAUCACUCCCGAACUUGCAGCAACACCUGGAUUUCAGAAAGUGUUAAGCUCUCUGCACAAGAGGAAGCUUUUGUCAUACUUUGUUGUGGAUGAAGCACAUUGUGUGUCACAGUGGGGACAUGACUUCAGGCCUGAUUACCUGAAGCUUGGUUCAUUGCGAGGACAGUUUAGUGAUGUACAUUGGAUUGCCCUCACAGCAACUGCUACACCUCAUGUUCAAGAAGAUGUGCUCUCCUCUCUCCAGCUCCACAAACCCACAGCAAUUUUCAAGACUUCUUGUUUUCGGCCAAAUUUAUUUUAUGAUGUUUGUUUCAAAGAACUUCUUGAUGAUCCAUAUGCUGACCUUAAGGGUUUUGUUGAGUCAGCAUUAUCAGAACAGGACAACAGUGGAGAUGGGGGUAGUGGUAUUAUUUACUGUCGUACUCGUGAUGCCUGUCAAGAAGUGGCUUCAAGGCUGUGUAGAAAGGGACUCUCUGCAAAAGCUUAUCAUGCAGGUUUGAAACCAGCUAAACGAGAUGAGGUCCAGCAGGAGUGGAUGGAUGGAAAAGUUUCAGUUAUUGUGGCUACUAUAAGUUUUGGUAUGGGAGUUGACAAAUCCUCCGUGAGAUUUGUUGUGCACUGGACAUUGCCACAGUCAAUGGAGGGGUACUACCAAGAGUCAGGUAGAGCUGGAAGGGAUGGAAAACCUUCCUUCUGCAGAUUGUAUUAUUCCAAGCUUGAAAGGGAUCAAGUAUUUUUUCUCAUCAAAAAGGGAAUCAAGGAAAAGAAGCAAAGUGCUUUGUCUACUGGAAGGAAGGAUGACGCAGUGCAGUCUAGUUACGAGGCAAUUGUAAAAUAUUGCGAACAACCCAGCUGUAGACACGCUACGAUUGCGUCUUAUUUUGGAGACAGCAAACCAAAGUGUCCCAAAGGCUGUGACUACUGUAAAGAUCCUGAUGCAGUAGACAAUCUUGUGGAUCACUGGCGCCGCGGAGUUAUAGCAGUUCGCAACAGGAACGUGACCGCUGGAAGAACGUACAUUGCUUACGGUCUGUCGAGCGGAGAAGAUGAUGAGCUUUAUGGAGGAGGAAAGUGGGGAUACGACAGAAAGGUAUUUGAAGACGAAGACAAUGAUGAUGAUAGCGGUGCAGGAGCCAGUGAGGAGGAACGUGCUUUCCGAUGUAAAUUGAUCGCGGAUGAGUUCAGGAAACGUCGCAGGGGACAGCCUCAGUUCUCUUCGAUCAGUCACCAAUCACCUAGUCCUGACUGUCGUCUCAAAGAAGCGACAAAUUACUUACAUAUUCCAAAGCUCUCCGUCCAGGUGAGAGAACAUUGUUUCGGUCUGUUGGACGAAGCAAUGAAAGCAAAUAUAAAUCAAUGUGCCAAAAUGGACAAUUCUGCAAGGUUAUUGUUUGAGAUGGAGUCCACUCUGGUUGACAUUGAACAUACUAUCUUCAAGAAUAGCAAGACUGAUAUCGGAUACAAAACUACCAUGCUUAAAAAGGUGAGUGAGGUGAAGUCUAGUUCAAGUAAUGGCAGCGUUUUUGUCUGGGAUGGAGCCUACUCGAACAGCACAACAUCGUCAACUUCAGUCAUGGAUGAAAAAAACGGAGACUUCGACGAGGAAACAGAGAAGAGGGACAACAUGGGAUGCACUUCAUUUGUGUCUGCACUGCAGUUGAUGAAAUCAAGUGAUACCAUAACAAAAGAGCCGGCUGAAUCCAAACAACCAGUUAAGGCUCCCAUUCGUAGAGUGAUUCCGACAAUAAAGUACUUCUUCGAAAUCGGUGGUAAUAGUGAAGUCAAAGAAGAACCCUUGCAGCAACCGCAGCAGCCGCCCGAGCAAGAGCCACCAAAAUCACGAUACGUAGGAAAAGGUGCAAGAAAGUCAGCUAAAAAGCGUAAAAAUCACAAACAAGUUGCGUCAGAGGGCUUUUGGUGGUUAGAAGAUUCACCUCUUCGUAAGAAAACCAGGUUAGAAGAUAAUCAUUCAGAACAUCGUAGUAAAACUGAAAAUGCUGCGACUUCCAGUGACGUCUUCUUCAGCAAAGCGUCGGAGUUGAAGCCUUUGAAACGCGUCAGCAAAAGUGCCUCGUUCAAGUUUAAUGAUACAAAUUCAGUUCCAUGGCAAAUGCUUGAAAGUUGUUCACCCAAGGACAGGCUUCCGCUGAACAUACGUCCUUCGUUAAAGACAAACACUACGGCCUCUAACGAAGGCGUUCAUCAGAAAGGGUCUAGUGAUGGCUCGCCACUUGGUAUCCAUGGUAAUGUCUCGCCAGGAGACUCUGUGGGUGUAAAGGAUGUAGCGAAUGUGGUUGUUAAGUACUUGUCUCCGUACCUCAAACAAGGCUCUAUUACCUCCAAGGCCUUAUUUAAGUUUUUGGCUCGCUGCAUCACUCACAGACUCAUGGGAUCUGGCAAAGCGUCUUCUUCUUCAAGAAAACAAGAAGUUAAGACGACAGUAAAGAAGUUGUUUGAGGUUUGCAAGAAAUUUGAAAAGGAAAGUGACUGGGAGAAAUACGUCCGAGCUGAAGAAUCUGGCAAGGCAUAAUGAUUAGGAAGUUAAUUUGAAGAAUCUUCAUUCAUCAGAUAUUUCUUCUGUCGAAGGAAUGUGAAAAUAUUUUUUGUUAUUGCAAUGGUUGUGUUAAACACUGAAUAUGACAAUUUAAGUCAAACUCAUUAUUUAUAUGAAAAUUAUAAGUAAAAUUAUUGAAUUAUAAGAAUUGAUAAAGUGGAGAUUGUCAUACUGA